CCAAAAUUGCAUUCCAUAAAUCAUGGCACUGUGUAUUGUGGCAGAGAUACUAUAAAGAUCUUACUAGUUCUUCUGGAUGAAGAAGCUGUCAAUCCUCCUACCCAGAACAAAGCAGAACUAUUAUAUGAUGAUGAAAGCUUAAAUUUGUUUGGAACCACCUCUGUUUUAACACUUUUCAGAUCUCCAGCACAAUCCAGUGAAUCUUCUCCAAAACCUCUUAGACAACGUAUUCAGAAAUCUAUGGAUGAAAAAAAAAAGAUGAAGCAAUCUUCAAUCAAAUCUCAGUUUGCAUGUACAUAUAAAAAUGAGUUGAGUGAAAUAAAGGGUCAGCAUUUCUUCAGCAGUAGCCAAAUUCCAACCUGCAUACAUCCUGCACCAAAGCAACAUCUAAAGGCUGGAUAUCUCACAGAAGGUAUGAAUUCAUGUCUUGAUGUACCAGUGCUUGGACCUAUUUCUGAAAAUGUUCACCAGACUAGAAGUUAUACAGAAAUGGGAAAGCUGAGUUGUCAGCCAAGAAACAAGAACUCCAAGAAUGAACAGAUGGAUUCGAAUAAUGACAAAGUAAUCUGUGAUAAGGAAAGUGAACCAUCUUUGCAAAAAAAUGCUAAAAGACCUAGGACUUCAAACAACCCUCAGAAGGAAUUGGACAGCAAAAUUGGUGGAAAAAGAAACUACAACAAAACUGCAAGCAAGAAUAAGUUGAUUGCUGGUCAGGCAAAAUUAACUCACUUUUUUCGACUGUAG